AUGAAGCCGACCAUCUCAGAUUCAGAAGCCACGGGCCUCAAGACGAGUCUCAUGGGCCAAAACGACUCAAAGGACUGGUCAAAGGGCUGGUCCUAUGAUUCUGUGACAUUUCGGACCGACGUCUUCUGGGACUUCUCUGGUGUGGCGGCCGGCUGGGUCGAGGCGCGUCUGGCGAAGAGUGCCGACAAAGACCAGCCGGAAUCUGCAGAACAUGAGGUCGCGCUGCCUGAUCUCUCAGAGGAGUUGAGAAGGAAGAAUCCACAUUGGAGGCUCAUCAGGCUGGUCCUGCACGCUGCUGGACCUGACCCUGUUGGCGCAAAACGCUAUCCGGUUGCCAUCUUCUCGGUGGAUCCACGCUUGCCAUUCCCCACAGAGCCGAGCAAGGACGUCACUGUCUCCGUGGCUACAGAGGAAGAUCGUGUUGCCUGGCAACGCCUUUUUGUUGAGUACCGAGCAUCCCAGAUCCCACCGGGCUCACCACCCUACGCCCCGGACGAGGUGGCUGCAGAUGCGGUGUGGGGCAUGAGCUGCUUUCAUGGGCGGCCGCUGGAUGCAGGGACUGCUGACAUCUUGCUUGCGCGUGCGGAAGAUGGCACCCUGCUUGGAGCCGCGACGUUGGUCCGGCUUCCGAAGCCUCCAAGCUCCCCAAGCUCUACCGCAACCGGUGUGGGUGAAGGCUCGCUUCGGGGGUUUCUGAGCGACUUGUUCGUCGACCCAAGAACACAUGGCAAGGGUGUCGGACGGGCCUUGAUGGCGAAGGUCCUGGCCACAUGUAAUGAUGCAGGCUUGCUCGAGCUGUGCUGGUAUUGCCUCCAGAGCAACGAGCAGGCGAUGUCCUUCUACGCCCGCCUUGGUUUCUUGCCGACACCUGCCACAGUCUGGCAAUACCCUGAGAAUGAUGGGACCUGA